GUUCGUUUGCCAAUGACGUGCUGUCUGCUGUGUUUCCAAUCCUAACCAAAAUAACUUAACCUAGAAUGUAACUGGGACCGCCCGUAUAUCUACAUUUAUAUUUUUAGAACGUUUGUGAUAAAAGUUUUGUAAAGUGCAGUGAUGGCCCCAAAUAAGAAACAAAAAUCUUCAUCUCUCAAUGAUUUUUUCUCACGAUUUAAAGUCUCAUGGAAGAAAUGUUGUUCUUGGAACUAUGCAAUAUCAUUACUACUAGAUCCACGAAAUUUUCUGAUCGUAUCUGUGCUAUUAUUCAUUUUUGAAAUAUUAGUCAAUCUAAUAGUAAUAAGACACGUAAAGUACACUGAAAUUGACUGGGUUGCUUAUAUGCAGGAAGUUGAAGGUGUAAUAAAUGGGACUCUUGACUACAGCAAACUGAAAGGUGAUACUGGACCUUUGGUGUACCCAGCAGGUUUUGUUUAUUUUUUUGGACUAUUGUAUUUUUUGACAGAACAUGGUACAAAUAUUAGACUCGCUCAGUACAUUUUUGCUGCUUUUUACUUAAUCUUAUUAGCGUUAGUAUUUCGUAUCUACUACAAAACCAAGAAAGUGCCUCCCUAUGCUAUACUCCUUGCAUGUUGUACUUCGUACAGGAUUCAUUCCAUAUUUGUACUUCGAAUGUUCAAUGAUGGUGUUGCGGUCAUGCUUGUUUUUGCCGCUUUAAACUUAUUCCUGGACAAUAGAUGGACCCUAGGAAGCAUAUUCUACAGCCUUGCUGUAUCCGUAAAAAUGAACAUUCUAUUGUUUGCCCCGGCUUUACUAAUAGCUUAUUACUUUUCUCUUGGUGUAAAAGGAACAAUCAAACAACUUACCAUUUGUGGCUUCAUUCAAGUGUUAUUGGGAUUACCUUUCCUAUUUACAAACCCUUAUUCCUACAUUAAAGGUUCUUUUGACUUAGGCCGUGUGUUUCUACAUCAGUGGACUGUAAAUUGGAGAUUUUUGCCAGAAGAAUUAUUUGUUAACCGAUACUUUCACAUUUUGCUUCUAAUAAUUCAUUUGACAUUGAUAUGUGCAUUUAUAAAUUCAUGGAAAACCUACCUCAGCAGCUUUGCCACACUGAAGAUAAUAGAAGAUGAUGUCAAGCCGCAGCUGAAGAAAAGGAAAGAACGUGUCAACAUGGACACUAGUUCACAGUUGUUUAUCUUACCAUUAUUUACUUGCAACUUUUUAGGUGUAGCUUGUGCUCGCUCAUUACAUUACCAGUUUUAUGUAUGGUACUUUCACACUUUGCCAUAUCUUCUUUGGUCUACUCCAUACACUCCAACAUGGAAACUUAUUAUAAUGGGUGUGAUUGAGUUAUGUUGGAAUACUUAUCCCUCAACUAUACUCAGUAGUGCUGCUCUUCAUGUUUCACACAUAGCAAUAGUGUUUGGUUUGUUCAGAGCAAAGUAUAAAAAAUCUUAAAUUGCUAAACCGGUGUUGUACAUUUAUCAGGAAUUACAACUGAAAGAGUGGUCUGUAUUUCUCUAAGGCUGCGUUUACACGAGGCCUGUUGGAGGGCAGGGUAGGUGUACUUGCCUUAGGUGACUUGAAAAUUAGAGACAAGUAACCUGCCUAGGCUUUACUGGCUUUGUGUAAACGGGGCUUUAGGAAGAAUAUGGAAAACAUUUCUUGUAGCCUAUUUAAAUUAAAUCAAGACUGUAGAGUUCAAGACUAUGACGAUGAGGUAAGUUCUUGAUACUCCAAAAUCAUUUUUAGAAUUACUGCAGGCCCUGGAAUUACAUAGCGACCUGGAUUAACUUUAUUUUUGUUUGGUAAAUAAAAUAAUAUGUAGUAGGCUGGUUAAAAUGUAUGUGGCCUAUAACUUCAUGAAUGACAGCAAUAUGUACAUACUUUUCUUUUACAAAUUAAAAUAUGCUAAAAAAGGUUAAAAAAGUGUACAGUAAGAAGUUAGUGACAAUGGCUGCACUUUAACUUACUUUACGUCCCACACUCAUUUGAAUGAAAUCUACUAAAUGAAAAUAUCGAUUAUUCGAUAUAUCGUUUGGUUAGGUUAACCUUACCUAACUAACCAAUUCGAUAUAUUGUUUGGUUAGUUAGGUAAGGUUAACCUAACCAAACGAUAUAUCGAAUGAAAAAAUCUAACAAUCGAUAUAUACAUCAAUAUUUUCAUUUGAAUGAGUGUAGGACGUAAAGUAAAGUGCAGCCGUGGCAAUACCUCAAUUGAUUAUCCGAUAAGCCUGUUGUCAAAAGGUGUACCGGUAAUACACUAACUAUCAAAACAUUAGGUAAAGUUUUAACUGUGAUGUGGAAGUGCCUUACCUAGGCCUAAUAUUUCACCACAUAGUUUUUCACCCCUUUUUUAUAAUGUGCUAGCCUAUGUUUUAUAAUAUGCGUGAGUGUACAUAAUUUAAUACUUGUAAGAAUUUAAAUGCAAAUCUAGUCAAUUCACAAGAAGGAUAGGUUAUGAGCAACAUUAUCAUUGUUUGCCAACAACAAAUUAUUAUAUAUAAGUGGAACCAUACAAUUUGUAUCCAGUUACUCAAAUCUGAUACACUAGAUUUUUAAAAACAAUGACAUUGCCUAAAACUGUAGUGAAUACAUUGUCUUUAAUGUAGAGAAUGUUUCAGCCCUUUUUUUAAGGAUCAAAUUACAACAUAGCAUUAGGCUAUCCGGUAGGCUUAAUUUAACUAAGCGCCAAAAGUAUCCAGACAAUGCUGGAAUUGUGUAUAAAAUAUUCCCAAUAAAAAAAAUAAAUGUAAUAAGUUACAAAUGUAUCAAACUUUUUAUUAAACUCCGUUGUUAAUAGACUAGAAUAUCCGACAGUCUCGUGUGCUUCUGCACAAGUCUUAACAGGAGUCUUUUCAUUUAUUAUAUUUUAUAAAGACAUUUUGUUUAAAAUAUGUUAUGAUUGUAAAUAUUGAGUACCUAGUUACCGGUACAGUAGCUACUGAGUUUAUUGUUUUCUUGACCCUUUUUUCUUCCUGCAGCCGUUCGAUUCCUCAUCUGAUCAUCUGAACUUUUUAGCACCACCACAACAAAGUGUUCCUUAACCCGCGGUAUAUGAAUUUGGGUUUUGUACAAAAUAAACCAAUGUUUUCAUUUAAGAAAAAAUAUCUUAGAAUUAUUGUUUGUAGACUACCACUGUUUGUACUAUUUGUAUAGUGUGAUUAUGUAUAAUAUUCACAAAUUUAUGUAGAAAAUUAACAAUAAAAUUAUU